AGUCUCCUUGCCUUGAUGGAGAAGAAUGGCACUUUGGUGAAGGAGUUUGUCCUAAUUGGAUUCGCUGUGGGGGCUGAGCUACAGAUAGUCCUCUUCUGCACCUUUCUGACUUUCUACCUCUUCACCAUGUGUGGCAACCUGGGCAUGAUCUUUUUAAUCCAGAGUGACAAUCGUCUCCAGACUCCCAUGUACUUCUUUCUCAGCCACCUGUCCUUUUUGGACGUGUGUUAUUCCUCUGUCAUCAUCCCCCAGAUGCUGGAGACCCUGAAGGCUGGUGGGGCCCUGAUCGCCUAUGAACGCUGUGCCACCCAGUUCUUCUUCUUCACGCUCUAUGCCAGCACAGAGUGCUUCUUGCUGGCCGUGAUGGCCUAUGACCGCUACGUGGCAGUAUGCAACCCCCUGCUCUACGUCACAGCCAUGACUCCCCAAACCCGGCUUGGACUGGUGAUGGGGGCUUAUUCCGGGGCCAUGGUCAACGCUAUUAUCCGUACAGGUCUCACUUUCUCCCUCUCUUUUUGUAAAUCCAAUCUUGUGGACUUCUUUUUCUGUGACUUACCCCCACUGCUGAAGCUCUCAUGCAUGGAAACUGGCCCCCAGGAGGUGGUCAUUUACCUCCUUGCCUUCACAGUGAUCACGACCAGUGUCAGCAUCAUUCUCAUCUCUUAUCUGUUCAUCAUCAGGGCUAUCUUACGCAUUCCCUCUGCUGGCGGGCGCGCCAAGACAUUCUCCACUUGUGCCUCCCACAUUACUGCAGUGGCCCUCUUCUUCGGAACACUCAUCUUCAUAUACCUGAAGGGCAACAUGGGCAAGGCACUGGCAGAGGAUAAGAUUGUGUCUGUGUUCUACACGGUGGCCAUCCCUAUGCUGAACCCCAUCAUCUACAGCCUGAGGAACAAGGAGGUGAAGGAGGCUCUGAAGAAGGUACUCAACCGAGUGAAGAUCUCUCAAGCAGUGUGA